UAGUCUCAUAAACUGUUUUUUUAAAGUCUUUAUUAAGUUUUUUGUUAAAAGAAAAUAUCAAUAUUUUCAACAUGAAUAUAAUGAAUUCCUUUGGCGGUGGUGAUGGUGAUGUUGAACUUAAAGAAAGAUUAAUUGCCUGCGUUAAGAAGGAGGUGAAGCAGCUGAUGGAAGAAGCUGUAACAAAAAAAUAUAUACACGAGGAAAGUAGUUCGAUAACAUCGCUGUGUGGUGCUGUGGAAACGUGUCUCAGUCAUGGUUUGCGUAGGCGUGCCCUCGGUCUUUUCAAGACCUCAUCCACAACGGCUCUGAUACAGAAAAUAGCUAAAACCUGUCCAGAAGCAGACUAUGUGAGUCGACGUUUGCUAGAAAUCGAAAUUGCCAUUGAGAGUUCGACGGUUGCAGGUAAACGUUCCUCCUCUAGUAGCGAUAGCAUUAUCAAACCCAAACUACUGAACAAAGGCAGUAGCAGUUCGGUAACAACGAUCAAUACAGUGUCCGUAAGUUCUUCCUCGGGUAGUCCGGUGGUCAAGUAUUUGUGGAUACGUGUGGCUUUGUACGAGAAACGUUUGGCCAAAAUCAUAGAGCAUUUGGUGAGCAAUGCCAACAAUUACUAUGAUCGUGAUGCGCUGGUCGCAGAUCCCGAUUAUGGUUCCAUAUUGAGUUCAUUGCUGGUGGGACCCUGUGCUUUAGAAUUUACUAGAGCCAAAACUGUAGAUCAUUAUUGGUCCGAUCCUCCUGCUGAUGAAUUGGUACAAAGACACCGCAUAAGUUCGGGUAAUCGAACACCACCCACAUGCCAUCGUCCCAUCAUUAACUUUAAGCGCAGCUUACACACAAGUUCUGAAGAUACCAGCAGUGGUUCGUUUAAGGCUAGCUCACCGGCGAGUGUAGCCAAAGAUUAUGUGGAAUCACUUCAUCAAAACUCGCGUACAACUUUACUCUAUGGCAAAAAUAAUGUGCUCGUUUUACCGAAAGAUGUAAGCGAGCCAAUGCCCGGCUACUUGAGUCUUCAUCAAACUGUGCAAUCAUUGACCAUUAAAUGGACACCCAAUCAAUUAAUGAACGGUUAUACAGACACUGAUGGCAGUGAUAUGAGUUCGUAUUGGACGUAUGCCCUCAACAUUAAUGUAGAUGAAAUUGUGUAUGUCCAUUGCCAUCAAAAUCGUGGCGAGGACACGGGCGGAACUAUUAUAUUGGUUGGUCAGGAUGGAGUACAAAGGCCACCUAUACAUUUUCCCGAGGGUGGUCAUUUGCAAUCAUUUUUAAGUUGCUUAGAAACCGGACUUUUGCCACACGGUCAAUUGGAUCCGCCCUUGUGGUCCCAGAGGGGCAUUGGAAAAAUGUUUCCUUGGCCAAAAAGUGUUAGACGUCGUAUAUUGCCCUCGGUUAUGGAGUCAGCCGACGAAACACCGAUCGAUUAUGUCUUCCGCGUUGUUAGCAAAAGUCAACAUGAAGAAUUUUUGGCCACGCAUCCCAUUCUGGAAUUGGGUCGUACCAGUCCUAGACGUAAACAUUUAGGUAGUUGUUCAACCACGGGUAGUAGUGAUUGUUCUAGUAAAAGUCUAUCGAUGGAUCAAAGUACUACGGAACCACCACUAAUACAGGCAAGUCAAACGGCGAGCAUUGAACUGGUUUGCUCUACAAUGAGACGUCAGAUAAUAUCCAGAGCGUUUUAUGGCUGGUUGGCCUAUUGCAGACAUUUAUCCACUGUACGAACCCAUUUAUCAGGAUUAGUAAAUGGUCGAAUAACUCCAGACUUGGCUGCAAAUGAAUCCGGUUUAACCAAAGACAAAUGGGAUGCUUUACAUGAAAAUGGAGUUAUCAACAGUCAGGAAGAGUUAUUCCGUCUCGUUUAUUUUGGCGGUGUAGUUCAUGAUAUACGCAAAGAAGUUUGGCCAUAUUUACUGGGUCAUUACAGCUUUGGGUCAACCAUUGAGGAAAGACAAAAAUUAGAUGAUACUAGCAAACAUUAUUACGAAACUACCAUGAGUGAAUGGUUGGCUGUGGAGGCUAUAGUGCGUCAAAGAGAGAAGGAGAAGAAUGCCAAGGCUUUAGCUAAAAUCUCGGCAGAAAAUCAUCGUAACGGAAUACAUGUCACUGGCAAGCAUGUGUGUCGUCAAACAGAAUUGGAUACCGGUGAUAUGGACAAUGAUGUCUUCGAUGAUCAUGAUUUCUCAGAUAUCUCUGAUCCUGGCAUGGAUUUUGAUGAUGAAAUUAUGAUGGGCAUACAGGAAGAGAAAGAUUCAGGCAACUGUGAAGACGAAGAAGAUCCCUUUGAAGGCGAUGAAGAAGAAUAUUUAAAAAAAGAAUGCUUAGGACAGACAAUAAUCGAAGAAACCUUGGAACAAGAGCAGGCGGAAGAAAAGGGGGAGAGUCAAGCAAUUUUCGAACAAAUUUCAGAAAACGAAAACAAAUUAAAUGGUUCAUCAGCAGUUCAAGCAGAGACUGAAGAAACAAAAGAAAUGGCAGAGCAAAGCAAUGAUACACAAAUUGUAGAGAAAGAAAAGUUGGCUGAAGUGGAAGAAACAAAAUAUUUAAGUAACGAACAUCUUGACAACGACACAAUAAAUGACGCGAAUGAAAUAACCAAUGAAGAUAUCCAAGAGACUUCACAUGUUAUAUGCGAACAAGAUAAUGUAGUAUUGGAAUUUGAUGAAAAUGAGCCACUUUCAAUACAAGAACACUGCUUUGCUGAAUCUGAACCGGAACAGGAAGCUGGACUUACUCCAGAGCAAGGCGGUUUGUUGCUAUUAAGUAUCAAAAGUUCUCCUUCCACAUCAUCGUACGAAACUGUGGGCUAUGAAUUUACCGAAAUGUUAGAAAUGGCUCAUGACAAUGGAAUACCUGUAGAAGAAAACAUACAUGAAGUCACAGAACAUCAAGAUGUACACGAACCUCUUGAACCUGAGGAAUUGGAAGAGGAAGAUGAAGCCAUGGAAGCUUUUGAGCUUCAUGAAGUCGAAAAAUAUGAUGAUUUCAAUGAAAAUAAUGUUCGUAAAUAUCACAGUGUCGAGGAUAUUAGAGAAAUGUCCAAGAUGACGCAUGCUGUGAUAAUCACAGAAGCAGCCUCAAAUGAUGCCCUAGAAUGCACUGAUGAACCCACCGAAGAUACAUCACGUAAAACUAGUUUAAUUUCCCCCAUGAAUGAAGACAUAACAGUGGUGGCGUCUCUGGAUGCUCUACAAGAACCUAAAUCAGCCUGUGUUUCGCCAGCCAGUUCAAAUGGUGGUGUCUACAGUUGUGAAUUUUUAGAAAACUUUGCUUUAAAUUUACAUCGCAUCGAAAAGGAUGUUCAGCGCUGUGAUCGUAACUACUGGUAUUUUGCUAAUGAAAAUUUAGACAAGUUAAGAAAUGUUAUAACUACCUACGUAUGGGAACAUUUGGAGGUGGGAUAUAUGCAGGGAAUGUGCGACUUAGUGGCUCCUUUAUUGGUAAUUUUUGAUGAUGAAGCCCUAACCUAUGGUUGCUUUUGCAAACUGAUGGAACGCAUGAUUGAGAAUUUUCCCAAUGGAGGUGCUAUGGAUAUGCAUUUCGCUAACAUGAGGUCUCUUAUACAAAUCCUGGACUCGGAAAUGUAUGAUCUCAUGGAUUCAAAUGGUGAUUAUACGCAUUUCUAUUUCUGCUAUCGCUGGUUCUUGUUGGAUUUCAAACGGGAACUGGUUUACGAUGAUGUAUUCUCCACCUGGGAAGUAAUUUGGGCAGCCAAACAGGUGGCUUCAGGACAUUUUGUAUUGUUUUUGGCAUUGGCUUUACUGGAAACUUAUCGGGAUAUAAUAUUGUCCAACAGUAUGGAUUUUACAGAUGUCAUCAAAUUUUUCAAUGAAAUGGCUGAACGUCACAAUGCCCAAUCAAUAUUGCAAUUGUCGCGAAGCUUAGUAUUGCAGUUGCAGACAAUAAUUGAGAAUAAAUAAAUAAAUAUUUACUUACUCAACAAGAAGACCUAAAGUGAAGUGAACAAAACAAAAAAAAAUACUCAUUACAAUGAUACUUCAAACACAAAGUAGAUCAUGCAAAAACAAAUUUAACAAAGUAGAUGUACAUACAUAUGUUGCAACACAAAUAUAGAAUGUGGAAUCAGCACGAAUUCAAAAUCAACACAAUAAAAUUAGUGAACAAAAUUAACUCUCUCACGUAGUAGAAGGCAUAUCACAUCACACGAAAUCAAAUCAGAUCAAGAAAUGAUCAAUUUACUCAAU